AUGAGUACGCCUUCUAGAUCUAAAUAUAUCUGGUCGUGCUUCGAAAAGAUGAUGGUGUCUGGACAAACUUUAAUGUGGCUGUCCCUUGCUGCCUGUUUGUUCUUUGUGUCGUUUCAAGGAUAUGCACUUCUUCUAUGUGUUUAUGGCAUUGCAUUCAUCUCAGGAUGGCUAGCAAUUGUUUAUCAUUUUGGCAAGCAGGCUGUGAGCAUAUCUGAAGACCAGAUGAAAUCUAAACUGAGCCAUUUUAGCUUUAAGGGCAUUGAGAAGGUUAAAGAAUCAAUGGAGCCAACAACCAAAAUCAAGAAUUUUGAUAAACGAAUGACUGGUGCCAGUGUAAUUGAUGAUGUACUGAAAGAGGUGUUGGAAUUUACAGUAAGAGAUUACAUCAAGACCUGGUACAGACAGAUCAGUGAUCAUGACAGUUUCCUUGUCGACUUCUGGCAGUGUGCGCAAAAAGUCAUCAUUACAUUCUCCAAUAGAUCCAAAGAAAUUGAUUGGAUGCCAUAUUUCACACAAAAACUGGUAGAUGACUUUGCCUCUCACAUACGCUUGUAUCGCAGAGCAACAGAUAGGACUUUUCAGACUAAAAGUGAAGACAUUGUGGCAACUCUAGAAAAUGCUUUCUUUGAUAUGGAGUGUGAGAUGGAUAACAUGUGCAGAGACCUGGUGUGUCUGAAGCCCGAAGCAGAAAGACAAUACCUGCAAGAUUUAAGUGAUGUAUUACUGUUUUUAUUAUUGCCAAAAGAAGAUUUCCACAAUAAACCAUUUCGCUACAUUGUGCGAGAAGUUCUAGUCAACGGAAUAUUCUUACCCUCAAUGGAUUUGUUAUCAGAUCCUGAUUACAUCAAUCAGUAUAUUGCAUGGCUGUGCCAGGAGUCCUCAUUUACACGUGAGACAUUUCUGACUGUGAUUCGCUCCAGCGACUCUAUGGAAGAACUGGAGGCAGUGAGAGCUAAAGUUGACAGUGACAUUGCCAAAUGGCGAUCCAAGGACACAGGCGGCAGUGAUGAUACUGCCAUCAAGCAGAACCUGAACAGCCUGAUGUUUCUCCGUGACACUUGUGAUAUGAGGAUUCGUCGCUUGUUAGAUGGUCCGCUCUCUGCAGAACCUAUACUUGAUGAGUUAGAGAGCUGCAGGUAUAACAGCCUCUGUGUUCUGACACUGGAUGAGAUCAUGACUAAUGCCACAGCUCUGCAGUCUUUCAUCGAAUAUGUGUCCAAUCGAGGAGGCCAGCAGUAUUUAUUUUUCUACUUGAAUGUUGAGGGCUUUAGAACAGCUGCAGGACAACAGAUUGCUGAAAUGCAGAAACAGUCACAUGACACAGCCACUGCAGUAGAACCAGAUCUGAAAUCUUUGCGUCGGGCUGCCAAUAUCAUUUUUGACCAGUAUCUUUCCGAAAAGGCUGUGUCAAGAUUGAAAAUAGAACCUGAAUUCAUCAAGUAUACGGUGCAGAAAAUGAACAACAAAAUGAUGUCCGAGGAUAUUUUUGAUACAGUCCAAGCCAGGGUGUACCAGAUCUUGCACUGUGAGUACUAUGAGGACUUCUUGCAUUGUCCCGCAUACAUUAAACUCUUAGGAGACUUGGGUUUGCUUAACAGUAAAGGAGAAGAUGGAGACAACCUGAGUGUAGAAGAAGAAGGAAGUGUGCCAACAGGUUCAGAAAGCUCACUGGGAAGU